GAGGGCUCUGGUGACGUUUCAGGACACAGCGAGCGCUCUCUCGCCGAUAAACAAGUUUCAGAGAUCAAAACAAUCUGCGAAGAACAGCAGCACAGGCUGAUCGUGACCGUGCACCGACCACACCCGAGGACAAGACACCGUUUGAUUUGACCAGAUUUGCUAUAGAAGCAUCGAGAUGAUUGGAAAGAUUCUUUCUCAGCUGCUCGGGAACGCUGGCGAGGACUUUGAGGCAGCAGACAAGACUUUUGAGGAGCUAAUGGAGUUCGAGGAGGGAGAAUGGGUCAUUGUGGAUCUGCCAGAGAACGGGCCGCUGUCAGCCCCCCAGGUGGACCCACUGGAGAACCUGCUGAUUGAGCACCCCAGCAUGUCUGUCUACCAGAUGAGAUGCGGGAUGAGUGGAGUGGAGGAGGAGGAAGAGGACGAGCUUGGCUCUGAUGAAGACGAAGUGGACAUCUCCAGGCCAGUGGCAGUGAGGCGGCACAUAUCCUGGUGUCUGGCUGCCUGGGGAAUUCCUCUACCCUGCAACAUCCAGCUGCUGGCUGUGCAGAGAGCCAGGACCCAGGCUGAGAGGAAGAAGCUGAGCCACCGGGCCCUUCACAGGCAGAACCUGGCUAAGACGCGAUUCUCCCCGGCAGAGAAACGCUACGGCCACUUCAAGCAGCCCUGCCAGCGUCUCUACAACUACUGAACAACAACCCUACUGCGAGUGCGGUGUGUCUCAUGUUGCCUCCACCAUAGCCCAGCGUGCAGCACAGUGCCUUGAUUCUAAAGCCCUCAGGUUUUUCACCUCACACAGUUAAUUCUGCAUAUCCACCAAGGUGAAGCAUAUGAGACUCACCUUUCUUUGCAGUGAAAUGAUCAAACGUAAGCCAAAUGAACCACAGCAACACACGUUUAUAUGCAUUUGUUAAUACAUCAACCUGCACUGUAAUUCUCAUGUCUGAAGCCACUGAAAACAACAAACCUUCAUCUCUGACAUCAUGAAUGACUUGGGUUGGGAAAGCAUCAGUAACACACACACAGUUACUUUCGUAUGAAAGCCUUUGUACAUUAUCAGAUGACAACAUUUGAGCUGUUUGACUUGUUUUUAGAUUGAUUAGAUAUAAGUAGGGGUAGGGCCUGUAGGAAGCUGGAGGUGUGUGUGUGUUUGUGUGUGUGUGUGUGUUAUUUUAAAGGUGUUGGUAAACACUGAUCCAAGUCUGAAAAAUUCAAACCUGCUCUAAAUUAUGAUGCAGGUGGAUUAUGAUACGCUUGGAUUGGUUUCCUCUUUGUUUCUAUUCAUGUAUGUUUUAUAUCACGUGCCUUAGCUUUAGAAGUUCUUGUGAUGAGUGUGUUAAAAGUUGAUUUUAUAUCACAUUGACCUGUACAGAUUUCAUGUGUGAAAACAUGAGGAUUUGUGAAAGAUAAAGGUUCCAUUUGUUCCUAAUUGAGGAAUAAUUACAAACCACUGUUCAUUUUGUAUGGAGUGUGCCAUUUCGUACUUUCCAGCAGGUACUCACUUUUUCAUGUGACACAAAUUGUUCAUUUUAGACUCACGAGUGUAAAUACAGUUGAAUAUUAUGUUUUUCUAUUUGUGCUUAUUUAUAAAAUGUACAAAAAAAUGCAAAUAAAUCUUGUUUUCUUAA